GCCUAUUUACCAUGCUGGGAGGGAAGAAGGUUCCAGAGGAAAGUGUUUCGGGUGGGCCACGGAAAGGAGAUGACCCUCCGCUGGUUGUCCACCCAACUUUGGAGACACCGUGUGAUGGGUCUCCUGAUGGCUUUGUGUGUCACCUUGUUACUCAUGCUCCUGGCUACUCAGUCAUUGCAGCAUCCAAGGUAAGGGACUUUCUGUCUUUGUCUCUCUUUCUCUCCCCACCAUUAUGUACUGUCUGUAGCUGUUGUUCGUUGUAAAACUAAUAGAUUUAGCUCAGUGGUUAUUGUAUCAAUGUACCAGAGAAACACUACAUAUAUUAUGUAAAUACAUUUACGGAUUAAAAAACCUUUUAAAUACAGAAUUGAUUAAUGAGGAGUAUUUUGUCAUGGCAUACAGCUAAGCUGCAAAUGUCCUGUGUCUAUGUUUACCUAGAUGUCAGUUGAAAUCCUCUCUCUUUCCUUUUUCGAAAGCCACUAUUCUGGGCACAAGGGACAUAAGGUGGAGGAGAGGGGAGCACUUUCCGAUGAUGCUUCUCCUAACACACCCAUCCCAUCCCACACUGCCCCUAACAGGAGGAAGGAGGUUCAGACCCCCGAUCUGCAGCAUCAAAGAGACCCCAAUGGGUACACCUUUAUGAGGACAAGGAGGAGCCCUCCGCCUGUAGCUUUCCUCAAAACACACAAGACUGGAAGCAGCACUGUCCAGAAUCUGAUGUUCCGCCUUGGGGAGAAGGAGAGCCUCACUUUCGCCUUCCCCUAUUACGCAUACCAGUUCAGCUACCCAGAUAGGUAUGGGCACACGACUACUGUCUCCUGUAAGAUACGGUUCUAUUGCAAUGUUCAGAUUAUCAAUCAAAUUUACUGUCAGGUCUGUGGUACAUUUGGAGCCCCUCCGUUUGGUGGAUAUUAACUACAGAUAACUUUUACUGCUUUAACAUGGGUUUUACCUUCCUUAUGGCUCCAGGUUCCGAGCAGACUUUGUGGAUGAGCUGCCACCGGGUUCCUCUCAGUUCGACAUGCUCUGCAGCCACAUGCGGCUGGACCUGGGACAGCUAAGACAGGUGAUGCCCAGGAACACCAUCUACAUCACCCUGCUGCGUGAUCCUCUACGGACCUUUGAGUCCGUUUUCAGCUACUAUACUUCCACUGUACCCGCCUUCACUCUAGCCAAAAAGGCAGCUGACACGGCUAACAGGAAGUCAGCCCUCUCGGUCUUCCUGGAGGCCACAGAGUCCUACUGGGACCCUAAAGAACCGGGGAAUGGCCUAGCCAGGAACCCUAUGAGCUUUGACCUGGGCCUCAGCAGCCAGGAGUGGAACGCGUCCUGGCCCAUGGAGCUGGCUCAGCUGGAGGAGGCCUUCCAGCUGGUGAUGAUCGCUGAGCACUUUGAUGAGUCUCUGGUUCUCCUGGGGGCUCUGCUGCAGCUGGAGCCUGAGGAGCUGGCCUAUGUGCACCUGAACGUCCGCGCUCCCUCGGAUGUCACCCCGCUGGAGGAGGACACCAAGGCCAGGCUCCGGGCCUGGAACAGUCUGGAUGUGCUGCUCUACAACUUAUUUCUGCAGGUGUUCUGGGAGAAAGCUGAGCAGUAUGGCCUGGGGAGACUGAACAGGGAGGUGGCCCUGCUGAGGGCCUCCACACAGAGGCUCAGACAGAAGUGUGUGGCCAGGGGAGGGGUGCCCCCUGGUGAGCUGGAGGACCUGGUCAGGCCCUGGCAGACCGACACAGUCACCAUCCUGGGAUACGAGGUACGAGGGAACCUGACUCUGCAGGAAGAGGGGCUCUGUGUGCGACUAGUGCUGCCUGAGCUACAGUACCACUCUCACCUCUAUUUCCAGCAGUAUGGCCAUGACAUGAGGUCCAUACCUACAGAUUAAUGUGCAGCACUUUCCAUUUUAGAUUCUACACUGCUCAGAAUUCCUCUG